GUCAGAAACCAAAUGUUCAACGGGGAAGAAGUAUAUCUCAAUUCUCCUCUUUCUGCACUUCGACUGAAUUUACAUUAUUUUCUCGCGUCACUUGGGACUUUUAACAAGGCGGGUCACUUUUUUUUUCACCAUCUGCCUCGAUUCCAGGGCCUUCACUACUUACCCCGAAGGGAAUUACUAAUUUCAGAACAGGAUAGUGUUUGAGCUGCCUUGUGAGGUUCUGGCGGGGCGCUGGGGAAACGGGUGCAAGUGUUGUGCGCCUGCGCCGCGCCGAGCAGCCGAGUAGCAGGAUGGUUCGCACUCAGUGGCGGGCAGCAGUCUGAGGGGCGGUGUGGUCGGCGCCCAGUGUUGUCAGUUCGAGCCGAGCUGCCACGGCAAGGUGACCAGGGAGAGCGAAGCAGGACUGCUGGACCAGCUUCAAGUCAAUCAACGGCCAGGAGGAAGGGACACUUUGGACAUGUCCCUGGAGACUGAUCUGCUGUUUGAAAAACAGACGCAGUACAUUUUGUUGAUAUUUCUUAAAGCAAAGAAGUUUGAAAAUCUCAUCCUUAGGGAAGAAAUAUGUAAACUUGAAAAAGAAGUCAUAGAAGAAUUAGCAUCUGAUGAUGAUAUUCAGACAGAUGGACACUGCUCGUCUUUAUCUUUUUCUCGUUCAGCCGUAGAGCUUGAAGCUCCAUUUGUUGAAGAAUUAUACAGAGACAUAGGUGUACGCUUAGCUCAGAUGGGAGAUGGGUUGGAUCGAGGCAUUAAUCGUGAUGUGGUUGAAGGAUUUAUCCGUGCAAAUGAAAGAAUUCGGCCCCAAGAGGAUGGAACUGCAACUUUGUCUGCCAUAAUUAAUGGCUUGACCAAUCAAAGGACUACUGUUGUUCAAGAUAUGCCACGGGAGAAAGGUGUUCUGUUACUGACACUUUUGCUGUUAGAAAAGACAGUAUUGGAGCAGCCUCGAUUGCUCCCACGCCUCUUUAGAACCACUGUACAGUACAUAACCACAAGGCUUCAGACUUACAUUCAGUAUUUAGGAGGAUGGGAACAUUUGCAUUGAAACUACAAGUAACAAGAUAGCACUUGUUGUUCUACUUGAUAUUUUCUCAAUGUUAAAACUUGUUUACAUUUCAAUAAUUGUUGAGGUUUCUUUUGAAUUAUGCCACAAAAUUAAAUAACUGAAAUUUAAGGUAAUUAUCUGCAACCUAUCUGAAAAUUUUUUUACUUAUUUUAAAACUAUUGGUAACUGAAAAAAUAAGUUCUAGGCUUUUUAAAGAAAGCAGUUCCAUUAUUAAACUUCUAAAUCUGUAUAAAAUGCAUAAUUUUUAAAUCCAUUUACAAUAGUGAUUCCAAAGCCCAGUAACUUUAGAGUGUCUUCAUAUUUCUUGUAUUAUGAAUGUCAAAAUGCAGUAAAACUCCAAUAAUCCACCAUCUAAUUAUUUAGAAAUCCCAGUCGUUCAGUGCCUGUCUUGCCCAUGCUGAUUCCUUUUAAUUUUUUUCGGCUCACUGGAAAAUUUGAUUUUAAAAUGUUGCACAGUGUUGGAAUAUUAAGACUAAAAUAUGAUAUGGAAAGUCUACUCAUCCAGCACAACUCUGCCAAGCAUGUCAGAAUAAUGGAUUUUUACUGAAGUAACUGAACAAUGAAAUGUUUAAUUAGUUUACGAUAUAACUUCUGAAUUUAAUAGUUUGCAUUUGGGUGGUGUUGGGGUAAAUCAACACAAGGGAGUUUUCAGUGGCUUUGAUAUUGCUGUUAUUGUCUGGCAGUGUUGAUUUUAAAAUCACUACUCAGCCAAAUAAAAAUUUGAACAAAUACAUGUAGAGAGCAGUUUUCAAUUUAAAAAAACUCUUACAUAUAGCACCCUUUGGGUGCUUGUCUUGCUAUAAGAACCAAUGAGGUAUCUUAAGGAUUAGCAGUUUUAAUGUAGGUAAAGUUUCUGAAUCCCACACAAAAAAAAUCAUAGAUGACUUUCAAUGGUGAAACACAGUAGUGUAGUGGUCAGCAUAAUGCUAUUACGGUGCCAGUGACCCAGGUUCAAUUGUGGCUGCAAUCUGUAAGGGGUUUUAUAUAUGUUCUCCCUGUGACCGUGUGCUCCUGUUUCCUCCCACAUUCCAAAGACUUACAGGUUAAGUUGUAGGCAUGCUAUGCUGGCACUGGAAGUAUGGUGACACUUGCAGUCUGCCCCCAGAACACUAUGAAACACAGUGAAAUGCAUCUUUGCAAUGUACAUGUGACUAAUAAAGAAAUCUGAUCUUACUGGAUAUUGUUUGAUGUAGGAUAGAAAUUAACUCCAUGCUGUGGCUUUUGGGAGCAAGGGUAAAUUUUAAGUGGUGAAUGAUAUGGAACCUAGGUAAAAAUGCAGGAUUGGAGAAAACUAGCUGUAUUAGAAAACAAUAGAAUCAAAGAUGGAAUGCACAGGUGUAUUAUGCUGCAACAUGGAGAAAUAAGUGCAUUUAAGAACAAAGGAUGCUUAAGUAUAUUUAACAAUUAAAUUUUACUUAGCAAUAUGGAAGAUGUACAGAAGGAUUUUUAGAAAAAUACUAAAAAUAGCUACUGAUGUUUUAAAUGAAGUUGCUGGGGAUAACAAAGGCAGCCAUCUAGAAUCAAUAAGGGAUGGCAAUGGAAAAACUGGUAGUAUUAGAAACAAGCAAAGAGUAUUUGGGCCCUUGUCUGCUCAACUAUUCAACAAGAUCAUGACUAAUCUAUUAACUGAGCACCACUUUCAUGUUCUAACUAUGUAUCAUGUCCAAAAAUAUACAUACUGACAGAGCCUCCACGAUCCAGCUAGGUGGGAAUUCCAACCAGCUGGUUGAAGAAAUUUCUUCAGUUCAGAAUGGCCAAAUGAUAGAAUAAAUUAAUUUAAAAAAAAUGAUGGGGCAAACUCUUCAUCCAGGAUGGGAAAAUCGAUGGCCAAAGAAAUUCAGAGGAUAAGUUCAUAAUCGAGUUUUCUGGAGCAACAUAACAAAACAGCCAGUAUUAGACAUUAGAUAAUGAGACAUGGUCAAGAGUAAUCGUGUGUCACAGGACCCUCUAGUGAAAAUGAUAGAACUUGAUUGGGCAGAAUAAUUUUCUAAUAAUUUCAAAGAACUCUUCCUUUUUAACUGCGUAGAGUCAAAAAUUGGAUAUGAAGUUCAUUAAAGCCACUUAGACAAGGAUGAAUUAGUUGAGUAUUAUUUGGGAAAAAUAUUCCGACUAUAAAUGUUUGCUUCUGUAUCUGAUAGCAAACAUUAAGACAUUUCAAAAUUCUCAAUGAAUAUACAUCUUAUUAAGAAACAUUUAAUCAAGAGAUUGAUUAGUUUGAGACUUAGAAUGUUGCCAAUUGCAAAAGGUUUGAGUUUUUGGGAAGAAAAAAAAAUUGAUUAAAAAUGAGAAAUUUACCAAGAAAUAAAGAGCUCUGCUUUGCAGAAAGAGUAGAAAAAUAUAUGUCCAAUAGAACAAAUGCAGGGAAAAUUAUGGGAAAUAAAUGAGGCAAGAGAAAUAGAUGAGGCAAAGCAAAUACUAUGAAAUUUUCAUUACUGUAAGAGACAAGUAGAGGAACUAAUAGUACUUAAUUGCAGGAAAAAGAUGGACCUGGAGACAUUUAAGGGAAAAUCAAAUUCACUAAAGCCCCCAUAUCCCACUGUAACAAAACAGGUGGUUGCAUAGAUGUUGGGUGUACUCGUAACAAAUUUCGUUCAUGGAUUAGCUGCAGCAGAUUUGAAGGGUAGAAAAUAACUGUUCAAGAUAAGAUUAGGGCUGUUAGCCUAAUAUCCUCAACUAAGAAUGCAGUAACAGGACAUGAGCAAUUUUGAUUAUGCCAACUAUUUUUUAUUAAAGUAAGUGUGAUAAAUUCCAAUUUUUUUUGGAGCUGUAACUAACAUUAAUUAAGCUUGCUGACUUUGUACUGUUCUGGUGACUACACAGUACUCUGCAGUUUUGGCCUCCAUUUUCAAGAAUUGAUACACUUACCUCUUGUGUGAAGUAACUGGAUUGAUUCCUGAAAUAAAGAUGUUGGCCCAUUUAAAUAACGAAAAACUAGUAGAACUAAGUUUGAGUGAUUGCUGGGGUGGAUGCCAAAAAUUUAAUAACUAGGGAACAGAAUUUAAGAUCCUGACCAUUUAGAUUUGAGAUGUGAAACUUCACACAAAAGUGUAAAGAUUUUCAGAAUUCUCUUAUUCAGCAGGAUGUAGACUCAGAUGUACUCAACAUCUGAGUAUUUAAGUGAGAUUUUUUUGGACUAUAAGCAGAGAUGUAGUCUAAUUGCAUUUCUAUUUCAUGUUUUACCAAGGGGAAAAUUCUCCUUACUAUUGCCAGUCCCAGGGAUGAAGCGACAAAAUGUACUGGCAUCAACUGAUGAUUCCCAUAAUUAGCAUGGAAGCAAGGGAUAUGGGGUUAGUCCAGGAAACUGGAACCAAGGUCAAAUAAACCCACCAUGACUUUGUUGAAUUGCAGAGAAGGGGUUGAAAGGCCUGCUGCUAUCCUUAAUUCAAGUAAAGUUACAAGCAGAACAAAAACAAAAUAAACAUGGACGUGCUGGAAUCUAAGAACAAGGUACUGGAAAUACCUGGGUCAGGAAUAGCUGGAGAGAGAGAGAGAGAGAGAGAGGGUUACAUUUUAGGUUGAUAAUUUCCUCACUGUGCUGUUCAUAUUGGGUCAAGAACAUCUUCAGGUUUAAUGUGCAGCAUUAAUCUUAUGGAGUAACUGCAAUGUAACCAAAGUUACAAGGCUUGAUGAAUGGUGGGAAAUGAGAGAGAAAUAAUAGUUCUAUACAGAACCCUUUCCAAUUUUGAUUCGUUUAAUAGCAACUAAGAUGAUCAGCUGAUUUUUCCCUGUAGAAGUUUUAUGAUUUCUAUUUUUCCUGCACUAUACCCAUCAACUGCUGUUAAAAAUGCUGUUCUUAAAGUUUGUUUUCAAACACUGCAAGAGACUAGAAGGUACAGACGAGAGUAGGAAUGGGAUGCAUAAUUAAAGUAACUGGCAAUUGAAAGUUCAGGGGUAUCCUUGUGGACUAAGCCAGUGUAGGACAGAGAGGGUGCAAGGAGGAGGAGUGAGAACAACUGCAGGAAACAGAAUGGAUGUGGUUGAGAGUGCUGUCAAAAGGGAGAGGAAACCAUAGUCAAAAAAAAAGAGGAAAACAUCUCAAAAAUGCUAGGUUAGGAGUUAUAAUCAUAAAUACAAUAGAACUUCAGAAACUGAAAGAAUGGAAUCCUGACCGACAUUGCUGCAAUACUCAGGUCAGCAUCUGUGGAAAGAGAAACAGUCGAUCUUUCAUUAGAAUAGGAAAAGUUGUAAAUCAAAAAUGUGUUGUAUUCCAACUAUCUUUCUCGCAGCAGAUUUCUUUCCAGGCUAUGCAAUAUAGACAGAAAAUUUUUAAUCUACAUUAAAAAUUGGAAUGAAAUGUUUUUAUAAUUGAUACAACUGUUAACAAGAUUCUGUUUAAAUUUAAAUUAAUUUCAACACUCAGGAAAGUUGAACAAACAAAUAGUUGAAGACCAUGAUGGGCAUGCAAUUUCAUUUGGAAUCGUUGGUGGGAAGAACAGAAUUCAGGGGAGAAAAAUCCUUUGUGUUGGCCAAAACAGAAAUCAAACCACAACACACUGUAAAUGACAGUUUGCUGAUAAUGUGACAGUGGAUCACUCAUCAGAUGUUGGUCCAGGUUUUCACUGAAAGCAGAAUACAAGUAUUCAAUAAUUAAUAAAAUAAAAUCGAUGGUUCCAAGAGUUGAGUAAAUAAAGAGCUUUGAAACCGAUUUCAAAUGGAUGCAGAUAAUGAUAAAUAUUUUAGA